CUCUGAGUUCGACGCAGGUGGGUGCACUGCAGACUGCAGUGUCCAGUCAGCUUGCUCCUUGGUCCUUGGACCUGUUGGACCUUGGUUCUAAAAUGCUGUUACAAUUAUACAAGUCGGCACUCCAGUCUAAUGCAAUUGCUUUUGAGCAGCAACUUCUCGGAGCCACUCGCUUGCUACAGUAAGAUUGUGUGCGAAGCGGGGAGUGUGAAUCGGGACCAAUUGUCUAUUUCAAGGCAGGGAGAUUGCUUGCAGCCCAAAUCAAGCUGCCGGGGUCAAAGGAUUGCUUGAGAAGCUACUUCCUCGCCAAUUCAAUUCUUGAAGCAGCAAAACAGCAAUGAGUGUUGUUAGCCGGUGCCCCCUGCCGGCGGGCUCCCUAACAACUCCCCGGCUGCAAAAUUGCCACGUAGAAUCCUCACCAAACCUCCCCCAUUGCGCUGCGCACGCCUUCUCUCCGUCUCUAGUUCGCACCCGGAGCCUGAGUAGCAACCGCAGCACCUUUGCAGCCUCCAAGCACAGCAUUGCAGAAUGCUUACCUCAGCGACGACAGGAACCGUCAAGGCCUUCGAUGGUGGUUCGUGCGCAAGAGAUGUGCGGGAUUGCAGGCACGUCGAAGUGGGGGGACAGGACGUCAAUUGACCUGAAGAAUGUUGUGCCGCUGCAAGGGGAUGUGUUUCUUGGGGUCGACUUUGGCGGGACCGGUGUCAAAGCGGCUCCAGUGGACAUCACUACUGGCGAGCUGCAGGCGGAGCGACACCGCAUCCCAACGCCGCAGCCGGCGACACCAGAAGCGAUCGCAGGCGUGAUUAAGCAGUUGGCCGAGCACUUCGAGUUCAAGGGCGUUAUUGGGGUUGGUGUGCCGUCAGUCGUGCGGCGGGGGGUCGUUUACACUGCAGCCAACAUUGACAAGACAUGGGUUAACAUCAACGCCCAGAAGCUGUUCGAGGAGGCGACGGGUUGCCCUGUGGUCGUUUUGAACGAUGCCGAUGCGGCGGGUCUCGCGGAGAUGAACUUCGGCGAGGGGCGGGGGCACGAAGAGGAGGUGGUGCUCGUAACCACGUUCGGAACCGGGAUCGGAACCGCUCUGUACGUCGAAGGGAAGCUGGUCCCCAAUCUAGAACUGGGUCACAUCGAGAUGGACGGCGAGGUCGCGGAGAAGCUGGCGUCAUCGGCGGCGCGCGAGCGCGAGGACAUGAGCUGGAAGAAGUGGGCCGGGCGCGUCAGCCAGUACCUCGGCAAGCUGGAGCGCCUGCUCUCGCCAGACCUUAUCAUCAUGGGAGGCGGUGUCAGCAAGAAGGAUGAGAAGUUCUCGCACUACCUGGAGCUUCCGAUGGGCACCCCGGUCGUGAUGGCCGCCAUGCGCAACGAGGCUGGCAUCGUCGGCGCCGCGCUCGGCGCGCACUACAAGUACGCGCGCUUCCUCGCCGAGGCGGAGGCGGACGCCGGACGUCCGUCUCCGGUCAACGGCGUCGCACUCGCGUCCGUGUCCGGAUCGAGUGUUCGCACUUCGCCUUGACAUGAACAACUCGGUGGGAGUCGUUCUCGGAAGCGAAAAAUGCGAUAGCGCGCAACUGACAUUGGGGGUGUCGGUCAAAUACGGAGUCGAGGUUGUGGUUGUGAUUGGGACUGGGCAAACAAUGGGGCAUCUUCUGGAGGAUCGAUGAUAGGGAGAACGCCUGUUGUUCGAGGCCCUCAAGCGUUCAAUCCAGGAGCAGUGUCUGCAUAAACUGGUCCAAGGCCGUGGAACAUACGUAAGGCGGAUUCAAACCAAGUAUAGUGGCUUGAUUCUUUGAGCUUUGGUCGUAGGGUAAAAGAUGGAUUUUCUUAAGGGGUACUAGGCUGUUGCGUUUGUCAAAUUGAAGAUUUACAGUAACACGUAAUAGCCGCCGCUCCAAGUGAAGUGAUGGCAAAAUGCCAUAGUACCGGAAAGUUGAUUUGGUUUGCCAAAUAAGUUUCUUCUCGAGGCGAACUUGCUAUAAAUAAUAAAGUUUGGCCCGAUUGGAGAAACUUGAUCGCUUAUGAUCGAUGUCAUAGCAGCUAGAACGAUUAUUAGGAGAAGCAAGAUACGUACGGGUGGCCUUGACAUUCUAGCUGGCUGCUUAAACACUAUUUUGAUUGACAAGUGACCCCUUGAUAUAUAUAGUAUCAUGAUUGAUCGAUUGUGGAC